CUUGUCAAAAUGCUGUUCCCCAGUGCACUUACUGCUGCUGCGUUGCUUACUGCUCAGGCCGCCGCCCAUGGAGCGGUGACGAGCUAUAAACUUGAUGGAAAAGACUACCCAGGCUACGAAGGCUUCUCCCCAUCAUCGGGUCCGAAGACCAUUCAACGUCAAUGGCCAGACUACAACCCCACAACAUCCAUUACCGACAAGAAAGUCAUGUGCAACGGCGGCACCUCAGCAGAUCUGAACGCCAGCGUCCCCGCCGGCGCCAAAGUUCGCGCCAACUACAAGCAAUGGACUCACCAGCAAGGUCCCGUCAUGGUCUGGAUGUACAAGUGCAGCGGUGACUUCAAAUCCUGUGACGGAUCGGGCACAAACUGGUUCAAGAUCGACCAAGAAGGCAUGACAGCUCCCCCUCUAUCGGGCAACAGCUGGGGAACCGCAAAAGUGUAUAAGAACUUGUACUGGGAAAGCACGAUUCCAGCAAGUUUGGCGCCGGGCAAUUAUCUCCUUCGACAUGAAUUAUUGGCGUUGCACCAGGCCAAUGCCCCGCAAUUUUAUGCCGAGUGCGCGCAGAUCACGGUGACGGGAUCAGGAACGAAGGUCCCCAGUGGAGCGUUUCUGGCGAAGAUUCCAGGAUAUGCGGCGCAAUCUGACCCGGGAGUCACGGUUGAUACGUAUGGCAGCAAGGCAACCACUUACACUUGCCCUGGUCCCGCUGUCUGGACUGGUUAGUUGAGGCCGAAGAAAGAGAGUGCUUGAGAGGGG